AUGGCAAAAACUGAGCAGGGAAAUGGACUUGAUUUGCGGCGCAGCACAGAGAAGCUGACAGAUAAUGGGAAAGGAAGCUUGAAUGCAACCGACCCAGAGGCAAACGGCAGUGUGGCCCCCGGGGAGACGCAGGUCGACAAGUACGGCUUCAUAGGAGGCGCACAGCAGUACUCUGGAGACUCUGCUGAACAAAUCCCCACUGAGGUGCUGAGGCAGCGGGAGGCAAAAUGGCUGGAGAUGCUCAACAGCUGGGACAAGUGGAUGGCCAAAAAACACAAGAAGGUGAAAGAACGCUGUCAGAAGGGGAUCCCUCCAUCCCUGCGUGGCCGGGCGUGGCUUUACCUCACUGGGGGCAAAGUGAGGAGGGAGCAAAACCAGGGCAAAUUCCAGGAACUGGACAAUCAGCCAGGAGAUCCCACAUGGGUAGAUAUUAUUGAGAGGGACCUCCAUCGACAAUUUCCCUUCCAUGAAAUGUUUGCAGCAAGAGGAGGUCAUGGGCAGCAGGACCUGUUCCGCGUGUUGAAGGCUUAUACUCUGCAUCGUCCUGAAGAGGGUUAUUGUCAGGCUCAGGCCCCCGUCGCUGCUGUACUCCUGAUGCAUAUGCCAGCCGAGGAUGCAUUCUGGGUUCUUGUCCAGAUUUGUGAGAAAUACCUUCCAGGAUACUACAGUACGGGUCUGGAGGCGAUCCAGCUAGAUGGGGAGAUCCUGAACGCUCUGCUCCGACGGGUGUCUCCUGUGGCCCACCGUCACCUGAAGAAGCACAAGCUGGAGCCCAUCCUUUACAUGACGGAGUGGUUCCUGUGUGCCUUCUCUCGGACUCUGCCAUGGGCCUCAGUGCUGCGUGUAUGGGACAUGUUCCUUUGUGAGGGAGUAAAGAUCCUCUUCCGAGUGGGCCUGGUUCUGCUGAAAUGCAUGUUGGGAUCCCAAGAGAAACUGAAGGCCUGUCAAGGUCUCUAUGAAACAAUGGAGCUGCUCCGAGCCAUACAGCCGCAAUACACGCAAGAAGGCUUCCUGGUGCACGAGGUUAUUGAGCUGCAGGUGUCUGAGAAAGACAUUGAGAAGGAACACCAUGCUCAGCUGCGGUGCUGGAAAGAGACUCACGGAGAUCUACACUGUAAGUCCCCUCUCAGGAUGCAUGGUGCCAAGGCCAUCAUGGCUGCCGAACCGCCCAGCCGGCAGGACCUGAGACAGAGGCCCACCAUCAUCGUGCAGUCUCCCCUGGCACCCAUGACAGACGGGGAGAAGUCAGAGGAGGUAAAGGGAAGUACAAAGACUAAUGAAGAAAAACAGAAGAAAACAAUCCCACCGCCGGAGAAGAUCAUUAAUCCUUACCUUCCUUCCACUGACCCCGACCCUCUCCUCAAACAGUUGACCGUACAAGGGUCCAAUGAGAGUCUGAGCAGCGCAGAGCAAGACACUUACCUGUAGCGGCAUAAGUAUCACCAGUUUACUAACAUAAAUCAUUCCAUACAACCUUUACUAACCUGGCGGUGACACUCGUCAUCAGAGUUGUCAGUGACAUGACAAACCUGUCCGUGGCGUAGUGUGUCUGUGGCAAUCGUGACUGAUAGGUUUUAGUAAAAUGGCUAUUUUUUUAACCAUGACACUCCAGAAAAAGUGAUGGAAUUGCAAUGCAAUUUCUCAGCAGUCACUAUAAUACUACAUUUUCUUUGUCAUUUAUGCAUACAGGUUUUUGUUUCCUGCACUUUUAACUACUUAGUUCAGCCAGGGAAAUUUUGCUUUAAAAUAGGGAUACAGGAUAUGGUAAAAAUAUCCUAUUGCAAUUAUUUUGACAGAUAUUACGAUUUGUGAUAUGAUUCCUGAUUAAUGUAAAUGAUAAUUUUUUUUCCUUCAGUUUAAAUUUCACUUGAAAAAUCUAUCACAGUCAUGAUGAUGUGACAUUUAUUGGGGUCUGUACCAAACAAACAUGUUCUCUUACAUCUGGAGAACAAGAUUUGUUGGCAGGAGCAUCUCUGCGGUACUACAGUACUUCAAUGAAAUUAUCUUUUUUCACAUUUUACCUUCAUCAAAAAAAUGGCAGCAUCUGCAAUUUGGAUAUUUCACUUGGCCGUAUUGCAAUUUUGAUAAUAUUUCGAGUAAUUGUGCAGCCCUACAUUAUUAGAAUCUCAGAAAUGUGUAAUUGCCAGGGAGCAACAGAUGCUGACUAUGUGCUCUUUGCCCACAUGUGUAUAAGGUUUAAGCCUGUGGGAGUAUGAAGCUAUUAGCUUCAUAUGACUGAACAUACACUCACUAACUCACUGUUAACAGCUACUGCUGCUAUUUACCUCUUAAAAGCAGUGCGCUGAUCAUUUCCUUUGUUAUAAAUGAAGUCUGAUUUUGUCUGAAUAGAUAAGGUAUUUUCUAGAGCACUUUGCCUUUAUAGUCUUCCUCUCUGCACACAUUAGUCACUACAUUGCCAACACAGACAUUCGUAUUCAUCCUGCUUUGCUAGGUUCAAGUCAUACGCACUAAUUUGCAGAUGCACUUUUUAUCGGUGUGUCUGUUUAGCACAGUGUUGGGACUGUUAAUGCUGCCUCCACGAAUUUGCUGCUGUUGAACACUUGAGGGCGUCCUGAGAUUAUCUCAGCCUCAGCGGUGACCAGUAACAAAAAGCUGUGCAACUCAAAUGAAGGAAGAAGUGUGCAGGGAAAUUCUGUGCCACUAAGCCAAAGAUUUUUAAUCCAUAUUUUUAAGAUAUAUGUUGUCCAAGAAAUUUACUCCAUCAUAUUGUGAUACAGUAUUUGAUUGUUGAUCAGUUUGGGAGACCGGUUCAGAUAAACCAGAUCGGUUUAUAUUUAUGUCGUGAAUGAAAUAUGGUAAAAUGCCAUUUUGAAGAAUGCUAAUACGAAGCUACUUUGUUUUUGUUUUUUACAACCAUUCUUAAAGGUUUGUGGGUCCUUUAUAGACUGAAAUAUAUCUGUUUUUUGUUUUGUUUAAGACAGCUUUGGGAGAUUUUUUUUCUCUGUGACCUCAGAAUCUAAACUCCAGUCCAAAUACUCAAUAAGUUGCUUUUUUUAUUUCCUUUUUUGCAUCCUAAUCAAAGAAAUCCCUCUGAAAUGUGCUGGAGCACCUGGUGUUACCUUUGUUGAGAAAACUACUUUUAAAAAAAUCACAACUAAAAACUAAUCAUAAAGUUCAAGUGCAAAUAUAAUCUUCAGCAGUUAUUGUCUAAUGGAAUUAUUUAUCUGACAAUGAAUUGAAACAGUCAUUUGAAUCUGAGAUGUUUCAAUGAAGAAAUUGUUUGUUUGGAAAAAGUCUUAAUGAAUUCUCUUGGCAAUCAACAUUUAACGCUCCCAGUCCGGGACAUUCCUGUAUCAGCAGUUACAUGUGUAACUGUACAUCAGAAAAUUUGCUUUGUUGAGUGUUUUUUUUAAUAGAAAACAGGUGUGGGUAUGUGUUGAUUUUAAACACUGUGAGGAUUUUUUCUAAAAGUAUAUGCGGUGGGUUCAUUCUCUGUCCAUUAGGAAGCACUGUUUGCCUGCCGUGUCCUCUGAAGCUUUUAAUAUUAAGAUUUUUUAUUUUAUUUUUAAAAAAAAGGUUGUUCUGAUCUGGAGCUACAACAUGGAUCGCAUUUCUAUACUGUUGUGGAGAUGGUGCCACUGAGCUUCAGCCAGGGAUUCAUAUGCCUAGUUGCCCAGUAAUUCUGAAGGAUACUGGAUAUACAGGAUGUGGUUUGCCAUCUAAAAACUUUAUGUUGAUUUAAAAAAAAAAAAAAAGACAAAAAGAUUCUGUUUUAAAAACUAUCUACCAUUAGGAUAGGUACUUUGAUACUAGUCAUUGCAGUUAUUAUGUAACAUUGAUUAGGCCUAGGGCUUAUAAAUCUGCAACCUGCUGUUUUCAUCAGAUUUUAUUUCUGAUCUGUUUGAUUUGAAAUCAACUUCUCAUGUCAACCAGCUGUAAUACCAAAUUACGAUUAAAUCUAUACAAUUUGAAA